UGCAGGAGAGAUAAGAUACCCACACAGAGGUGUUUAUUUAAGUGGUGUCAUGUCUCUGGCAAGUACUGACAACAGGGUCUGCCACAGCAGCCUGCGUCUGAGAGGGACACAGACCCGCCGUGAGCUCGGACAGAAGAGCCUGAAUCAACUAAAAUAGACGGGAGAGAGGGAUUAGCAGCUCUCCACUCCUUCUCCUCGCUCACACUCGCUCGCCGCGCGUCAGGGGAGAGGACUUUUUUUCCGGGCGGAACAAUGAGCAAACCGGCGACUCUGGCCACUUGCAUUGCCAAGAUGUACGAGGGGGGCAAGCUGGACAACGGAGGAGCGGCAGCGGCAGGGGGGGUCAAGAAGCCCAGCGGCCACCUGCUGACCAGCCUGGGUGGCGUGGACGUCAAGCUCACCGUGCUGGAGGGCAAGAUGGAGCAGCUCGCCCGCGGCCAGGCCGAGGUGAUCCGCCGGCUGGACGUGGUGUGCGAGGGGAUGGGCACUCUGGAGAGGGACCUGGCGCAGCUGAAGAAGAGCGGCGGGCAGCCGGCAGCGCCCGCCGAGGGCACGCUCCUGGCAGAAGUGCGGGCGCUCUGUGGAGAGACGGUGGCGCUUUUGAAGGGCGUGAAGGAAGAGGGGCAGUGCCAGCGGGUCAAGAUGGAGGGCAUCGCCAGCUCAGUGUCGGCCGUGGAUAAAGUGCUGGCCUACAUGGGCGAGGUGUUCCGCAGCUCCAAGAUAGUGGAGUUCAUCGUGAAGGGCAUUGUGCCUUGGGGCAGACCGGAGCCACUGGACAGGGCAGUGGAGGAGAAAAAUAAAUCUGAAGAUGGCAGUGCAAAGCACAAGCCUGAGAUGUGUGAUCAAGGAACUCAGGUCCAGGAGGAAGAUUCAGUUCCUGAUCAACUCAAGCAGAGUGAGAAGAGUCCAGCACAGUCUCCUGAGUCAGAGGUUGCAUCCGCAGAGGUCAAAGGUCAGAAUGCAGAGUGUGAGGCGGCUACGCCACCUCCCAGUGAAGCACAAGACUCCAGCAAGGGCCAGCGGCGGCCGAAGGAGGUGACGCUGAAGAGCAGAGAGCCCACUAGGGUCCAGACCUUUGCUCCAGAGGUGCAGGAGGAAGUAGCCACCGCAGAGGUUCUUACGGAUGCUGCUGUGGAGUCGGUUAAGGAUGAGAAGCUAGACACAGAAUUGACGACUGUGGCUCCACGGGAGUUGUCAGCUCCAGAGGAAGAAGGGGCCAAAGAGCAAACAGACAUUGCAGUGGAUGGCAGUGACAUUACAGCAACAGUUGUUCCUCCACAACCAAGCCAAGACGAGAAGCCGCAAAAGUUUGCUGAGGUGGAAUUAAUAACUCAGUCAAAGCAGCAGGAAGCUGUUCCCCAGGAGGAGUCAAAGCCCCCGCCAGCAGAGAGCACAGCCAAGACGGACGAGCCAAGCACCAAGGUAGAGGAGGUGGAGCCCACACCAACUGUUCCCAGAUCAGAUUUAGCCCAGGUGCAAAGAGAACCUGCAGACGCGGUCCAAGACAAGCCCACGCUGGCUACAGUGUCAGACACGGUUGAGGACAGCACAAAAGCGACUCCUCCGCCAGCCCCGGGGAGUCGGAAGAACUCACUUCUCAAAGGCCUGGGCAAGGACACAGACUCCUACCUAGCAGUUAUAGAUGACUGUCCUCCUCAGCCUGCUCCCUUUGAUCACCGUAUUGUAAGUGCCAAGCAAGUCCCCAUGGGCUCGUACUACAGCGUCAAACCCAAUGAUAUCCUGGGUGGCGGUCGCUUUGGCCAGGUCCAUAGGUGCGCAGAGCUGUCAUCGGGGCUGACCCUCGCCGCCAAGAUCAUCAAAGUGAGGGGGAUGAAGGAGAGGGAUGAGGUGAAGAACGAGAUCGGAGUCAUGAAUCAGUUGAGCCACGUGAAUCUGAUUCAGUUGUAUGAUGCCUUUGAGUCGCGCUCAAACCUCACUCUCAUCAUGGAGUAUGUGGAUGGAGGCGAGCUGUUCAACCGCAUUGUUGAUGAUAACUACCUGUUGACGGAGCUGGAUGCAAUUGUUUUCACCAGGCAGAUUUGUGAGGGAGUGCAGUAUCUUCAUCAACAGUACAUUCUCCAUUUAGACCUCAAGCCAGAAAAUAUUCUCUGUGUGAGCAACACAGGAAACCAGAUCAAGAUCAUUGACUUUGGCCUGGCUAGGAAAUACAGGCCCCGGGAGAAACUGAAGGUCAACUUUGGCACCCCUGAGUUCUUGGCACCCGAAGUGGUCAACUACGACUUUGUCUCCUUCCCCACAGACAUGUGGAGUGUUGGAGUCAUCACUUACAUGCUUUUGAGUGGCCUUUCUCCAUUCAUGGGAGACAACGACACAGAGACCAUGAACAACAUCCUGCAUGCAAACUGGGACUUUGAUGCCGAGGCAUUUGAGAACGUUUCAGAAGAAGCAAAGGAUUUCGUCUCCAAGCUGCUCAUUCCUGCCAAAUGUGGUCGCCUCAGUGCCUCGGGAUGCAUGAAGCACAGCUGGCUGAAUAACCUGGAGGAGAAAGCCAAGAAACAAUGCGUCCGCCUCAAGUCUCAGCUCCACCUGCAGCGAUACCUGGCUGCUCAUCGCCAAUGGAAGAAACACUUCUAUGUGGUUGCAGCUGCAAACCGACUCAAGAAGUUUUACAAGGACCGAACGACAAACCCGGCGUAGCAGCGGCCCUGCCACGUGUGUCCCUGAGAUGAGAUGUCACCGAGGCAACGGGAACACACGGCCUCAGCAGGUCUGCCUGGAGUGGGAACGACGAGUGCUUGCUUCUCUGUGUGGGAUCUGGACAGAACAGGCAGACCACCCAGCACUGAGGCCCAAGUGGGCAGCAAGCACGAGAAGAUACUGACUGUAACGUGGAAUAUUUCUAUCACUUUUUUACUGUACAGUUCACUGAUUUGCAGGGUGGUGUGCCUGAGGGGUCAGAUGAUUGGAGUAUGGGGUGCGAUACGUGUUCAUCUUCUAGUGCUGCUUUAGUCCUCAUUAGUGCUAUGACUGAACCAUGUGCUUCUCUGAGUGGGAGGGUGAGCAUGAGAGGGGAACUCUCUGUUCCUCCACAUUCAUGUACCAUGUUUGGAAUGCUGUGCAAUGUUUACCUCACAUAUCCGUCUUUCUGCACCACUGCUGAUGUAUGGUGGGCGGCACGACGCAGUUUGCUGGUGGCAAUUUGUGGGUGAACGAUUUUUCCUUCUGUGAAGGUUUCCUACUUUUCUAGUCUAUGGGUAAUUAAUUACAAGGGAUUUGAGUAGAUGUAUCCCUUAAAGGUACUCAUGCAUUAUAAAACAAUAUUGUCUUUUGGAUUGUUUCACCUUCAGAUAGAUGAGGCUUUUAAUGUCAAACCAAGUUAUUCAGGAAUUCUAUGUGCACAUUGUAAAUGCAUUGAAAUAAUUUACCACGCACCUCGACCUGUAGGUCGUGUACAAAAGUGAAUUGGUAUAUAUCUGUAUACUUCUGCAGUCUUUUAAAAAGAUGCAUUAUCACACAUUUGAAUAGAUUCUGCAGAGAUUUUCCUUUCCUUUGUAACUUUUACUAUGAAUGUUAUUGCAACAGGAAUACUUGAGUUUGUCCCUUUUUAGAGGCUAAUUAAACAUUACACGAAAGAACAUCUUCAACAUCUGGGAAAAUCUGUCAUCUCCUUAAGUCUAUUUUAUUUAUCCCUGAACUGUGCCAGCAAUAUUCAAGAUGUACCUAGUAGCUGCCAGCAAUGAAGCCAGAUGUGAGUAAUAUAUGCUGGUAAGAUUUUAGCAUCAAAAGCAGUUCAUACUUUUCCAAUAUUGAUGGUAGAGUUCCAUCUUAAAAGACCUUUUUUAGAUCUCUAUUCUAUUCUAGAGAUCCAACUUUAAUGCAAAAGUAGUUAUUUGGUAGGUGCAUGUUUAAUGAGCAGGUCAGAAGUGCAAAAAAGAGUUUAUUUAAAACAAACUGUGGCACAUUGAAACAAUGUAGAAAGCCUUCCCAUCUGUUCAAUAUAUUUCAUCAGCCAUCAGUCACUAAAUACAGAGAAACAUUUGUAAACAUCCUAUUUAACAUAAAUAAAUGUUUUGCCAUUUUAAACUGAAUUUCUGUCUGGAAGAGUGAGAUGCGCGUCAAAAUCUGGUCGCAAAAUGCAAACCUUCAAAAUCUUACAACUUAAGUUGUAAGAUUGUGUAGUUGUAGCGCCAGAAUAACAACAAUCUUUUCAGCAUCAUCGUUUUGUUGUUCUUUACUGUAAAUGUAAAGGAUUAAAACAGUUUAAAAAAAUAAAAAUAAAAAAUUGUUUAUCCAAUAUGUUCCACAAUUGAGCCACAAGGGGGCAGAGUGAACGAUGAGUCCUUCCUCAGUAUUCAUGGCCAACUAUGAACAGUCAAAUAACAAAUAUACAAAACAUAGUCGGAGAUUAUAAAUUACAAUUUGUUUCUAAAGCAUCCGCUUUCUUUGACUUGAGCGCAUUUUCUAAGAUUUUCCUUUUCCAUUCUUGGUAAUCCUCUUUCACGCUCGCCUCAGACUCCUCUUCCCUCCGUUGCUUGGGGGAUGUUGGCAAGACCUCCUCUGCUAGUUGGGAGGGAAAUGACACACUGAGCUGAUAUUCACCACUAUGCUUCAGCUGCACAGUAAUGGCAGAGCCUGCCUGUCAUGCUGCCAGUCUUCCCUCCCUCCAAGGCAUUUUUGAAAUUUAGGCAUGGCUUAAAUUAAAACACACCUGUUAGACCACUAAGUGUGAGUGUAACUAACACGAAUUAUGUUUAUUUUUGAAGAAAGGACAACCCUGUUGAACAGAAAUGUAUUACUAAUUAUACUACUCAUUAUAUUGCAUUUCAUAUGUCGUUUCUGUAUUUUGAAAAUAAAGAAAUGGUUUUAGUUAGGUCCAAUUAUCUCCCUUUGAAGAGACACAGUUACAGCUCAUGGAGUAUCAUACUAAUAAUAUGUAAUUUUGGACAGUAACUAGAACGUCUCAUGACUUGCUAAGGUGAGGAAGUUAGAGUUAACUGAUGUGUACGAAUGUUAAGCUAGGGUCAUGCUUGAAGCUACUGUACAUGCCAAUGUGGUUAAUGCAUUCGUGUGUGUGCUUGGCUAAUACAUUGGUUUUCAAUAAAUACAUCAAAUCAG